ACGUUAGUGUUAUAGGGCUGAAGGUGGGCGGUUGAGUUUCGAUGUUCCCUUUGGUUUUCCUUUCCCUGAGGGCUCGAGAAAUAGCCAAUGGUGUUUGACGUAAACCCGGAAAACUGAAAAGCCCGCUUGGAUUCAAUUUUGAGAAGCAAGUCAGUGUCCUGCACCAUGAGCUUCGCUCCGAGCCCGAGCCCGUCCUGCCCCUCUGGUGUCCGCAGCGUCCGGGAGCAGAGGGAGCGCUGGGAGAAGAAAAGGAGCUGCGCUGGCCGGGAGCUGGUCCAGACCGAGCAGCGCUACUGUGCACAGCUGGAGCUGGUCACCACGUACUUUGUGGAGAUUUUGAAGGCCAAAGGAACCCUGAGGCAGGACAUUAGAGAGAGCAUCUUCAGUUCAAUUAAAUCCAUUCAUUUGGUAAACCAGACUUUGCUGGCUCAUUUGGAGCAGGGGAAGUUUGGUCUGGGCUUCGAGCAGUUCUGCCCACAGCUGCCGCAUUACAGCACCUAUGCUGACAACAUUCAGACUGCACACAAAACCCUACAGAUUCAAAUCAAGAAGAACAAAGCCUUCAGGCGCUUCAAGAAGCUGCAGGAGUCGCGGCCUGAGUUCCGCCAGAUGAAACUGGAGGAGUUGCUCGCUCUGCCCCUGGAGCGCAUUCAGCAGUACAAGCACUUCCUGCAAGACUUGACAGAGAACACAAGUCCAGACAACCCUGAGUUUCUGCAGCUUUCAAGGGCGACGAAGGCGGUCUCUGAGGUGUCCCAGCGUAUCCAGGACAACGCCCGGAGCCACGAGAACCACCUGCAGCUGCAGAGGGUGCAGAAACUGCUGAAGGGACGCAAGGGUCGGCUGCUGGCUCCAGGUAGAUGGUAUAUCCGCGAGGGCUGGCUGAGAACGGUGCCCCCUAAAGGCAUGGAGACCAAACCCAAGAUGUUCUUCCUGUUUUCCGACAUCCUGCUGCUGACCAAGCCCUGCGGCUCCCUGCAUCCCUCAGACAAGUUUGAGUGCCAGCGCUGCUUCCCCCUCAAGGAGUGCACCGUGGACAAGGUGUUUGGCCACACCAAGAGCCAAGGGGGCCUUAUCAGUCUGACCUUCCCCAAAGCCAAACUCAUGCUGAUGUCCAGCAAUCAGGAGGAUAUCAACGACUGGUAUCGCAGCCUGUCGCUAGCCGUUGGGCAGCUGAAGUCCAAGAGCACUGUGGUGCACCGGAGAGAUGACCUGUGCAGGAGGCCCCUGAGAUCAUAUGAGGAGACCCAGCAAACGGCUCCCAGUGCUGCCCUGGCAUCAGCCCCGGAGGACCAGCAGACCACAGCCAGCCCCCAACCCCACGGCAGGAAGAGGAACAUGGUGCCAAGCGAGGUGGGAGGAGGCAGUCAGAUCCUCACCAGCUCCCAGGCCACACCAUCACAAACAGCUUCCUACGCCCCCAAAAGAAUGAAGCUCUCUGAUGCUCCCAAGGCAGGGUCUCAGGAGUCCUCGGGUUCCAGCUGUGUGAUUCUGUGAUGAGAUGAGAGGCUUAAGAACACCCUGAGCUCAGGCACUACACACAGGUGUUUAUCAAGAUGCUUAUCAGGUUAUGAAUCCUUUACAAUCAGUAGACGCCACAUGGGAUCCGAGGAGCCCUGAAGUAUAUUCAGAUGAUUUGUAUUUUGAGCCUGUGUUUUUAAACUGUAAUAUAUACCAAAGACUAGAAUUGGGGGGUAAAUAUACUGUGGAAAAGACUGUUACAGAAUGAUUUGCUUUUCAACUGAAAUGGAUCUGCGAUUCUAGCACCAGCAGCGGAAGAUUAGUCAAAGCAUAUGACAGCAGAACACCUUAUGACACUCCAUACUCCAUAGUAUGAUAUUUCACUUAGUCAAUACAAAUGUCUAUAUAACUACUUUUUUAAUUCCAUUUAUGAAGCUGUUUAUCAUGUACUAACUACUAACACAAUGCCUGCAAAUACUACUUACUUAUGGAAUACUCAAAUGUCUUAUGUGGUCUACUGGGAGGAAGAAAUGUGUGCAAUAGUUGAAUGAUGUGUGACAGCAACCUACCAUUUUUAAAGAAACUACUCAAAUAAGGCACUCCCCACGAACACUGAUGACUGUGUAUCCACUGGACCAAAUAUUAUGGUAUUUAUACUCAGCAAAAUAUACCACAAUGAUUUUAUGUCGCAAUAUCUUAUUAUAUGUGGAGAAAAAAAUCAAUUUCCAUUGGGGUUCAUUGCUUUUAAAUGUAAUGGGGUCAUAAAUCUAUAGGUGCUUUUUAUAACAAUGUCUAUUACUUUGGACAUAUUGCUGAAGAACUCUGAAAAGCAAUAAAUUCAGCGUUAUUAAUGCCCAA